AAUAUGUAACCGAAUCAUCGAUUUUACAGGGAGAGUAUAUCUAAAACUUCCCAACAAAACAAUCACAUCAAACACAAACACAAACACAACAACAACAACUCAACCUGAUAACCAUGAGGAGAUCGUUUGGGCCAAAACUGGGCGGCGGAGGGAUGAUGAAGUCGGUUCACACCACCAUGAGGACCGGCAUCGGUGGUGGCGCCUCCCAAGAAUCAUAUUCACACGCCGCCACAAGAACCACCGGCAACCGUAACCACCAACCCAUAAACACCACCCUUUCUCUUCACAGACCCUCAUCACCGUGUUCGUACAUCAACCACCCUCUACCCGACACCCCGGCUUUCACAACGUCAUCUCCGCCCAACGGCGAUGAGUUUGACUGGGAAUACGUUGACGGCGGUAGCGACGGUGAUAGCGUAAAUGGGUUUUAUGAUGAUUUUGUAUUUGGUGGUGUUCCAUCGGUGCAAGAAGUUAACCAUGCAGUCACUUCUCUUCAUGAGGUUCUUGAACCGGUUUCCUUUGCCCAAUUGAUGAAGCACCAGGAAACAUAUCAUACCGAUGAUGAUGCCGGGCUGGAAAAGAUUCUAAGUCCAACUGGAUUCGAGUUAGACUGGCGUGAACCAUCAAUGCAACUAUGUUACUCAACAAGUGCAUUGCAAGUUCCUAGAUCGGACAAAGUGUUUGAUGCUUUCCAUAUGUUGCAAACCGAUCCAUCGGUUCAGAGAAUGGUGAUAUCCUUGUCAUCAGACAAAGCCGUUUGGGACGCGGUUAUGAACAAUGAGGUGGUGCGCGAGCUUCGUGAAUCCAUCAGUGAAGAGCUUUUGGUAACAGAUAAAAGCAUUUAUGAUGGAUCAGAGGGUGGUGUUGAUGACUCAAAUCCUGUUACACAAGUUCUGUGUUGGAUCUUUGCCAAUACAAAGGAUAAAGUUAUUGAAAUAGUCGAGAAAAUAACAAAGGUUGUGAAUGAGUUGCUUCGGCCCACAAGCAUGGACGAGAAGCCGAAGAGAGAUGCCAACGUAGGCCUUGACUCAUUUGACGAGAAGCUUAGAAGCUCUUUCUUUCUUUCCAUUGUGGUACUCUUGAUUGUAGUUGUGAGUCGAUCCGGUAAGCAGCGUUGAUCAUAUGAUUUGUCUCUGUGGGCCGGACCCACGUGUAUUGAACAUGAUCUUUGUUAUGAGUUAAGACGUAUAAGCGUCGAUCAGUCUUGAGUCAGUCAGAUCCAAGGAUCUCGAUCUUGAUCAUGCUUAUGUGCUUGACCCACAAUUUUGAUAGAUCAUGAUUUUACUUGGUCAUAGGUCCGGCUCAUACGAUACAAAAAUUUGCUGACAUGCCAACAAUAUUACUUUUUUUUUUUUCUGGAUUUUAUGCCUAUGGGACAAUAUUUGUUUUAGGAUAUAUUGUGUUUUGAAUGUUUUCGGACAACAAGAAGGUUGUGAUGAAUGAUAUGAUCAUGUUGCAUUG